AUGGAUAUGGACAACGAACAAAUCAACCAGAAGAUUCGAUCGCGGCGGACGCAUCGUAAGUCUCGUCUUGGAUGUGGAAAUUGCAAGAAGCGUCGCGUCAAGUGCGAUGAAAGGAAGCCAAGUUGCAAUAAUUGCUUAAUGCACUCUAUCAACUGUGACUUCCAAACUCCAUCCUCAAGAUCCCCUUCAGCCGGCUCAACACCACCGCAACGCUACCAAUUCCGGCAAUCAAAGUACCAAGCACUGGCACCUUCGCCGUCGCAGGAUGAAGACAAUUGCCGCUCUAUCGCAGUGCAAUGCGAUCCUCCUUCUCCUCCAACUAGACACCUGGUGGCAACUCCAGGGGAAGGAAUCUCCCUAGCAGACCUUCAUCUCUUCCACCACUUCACCACAACAACCUCGAGUACAAUUACAGACGAAGCAAAAGAUGCGCAAAAGGUCUGGCAAAUCCACGUUCCCCAAUGGGGCAUGUCAUUCCCCUCAAUCCUGCAUCUCCUCCUCACAUUCUCGGCGCUCCAUCUUGCAUAUCUGAACCCCGCCAGAAGGGGGUUGUAUACGCGUCAAGCAGACGAGCAUUUCACGUUCGGCGUGCGCUCUGUUACGGCGGUUCUUGCGCUGGAUACGUUAGACUCGCAGAACUGUCAGUUUAUCUACAUCGCAGCUAUCAUGAUUUGUUUUGCCUAUUUUGCGCGCGGGCCGCGGGAUGGCGAGUACUUGGUGUUUAACGCCAAUGGGAAAUCUGAAUGGCUAGUACUACUACAUGGGGUGCGGUCGAUACUAGACCAGAAGCGUGAGGAGAUUUUCACUGGCGUGCUAGAACCGCCUGACGAGAGUCCGGAUUUGGAUAUCGACGUAUCUGCCCCUGGGCUGGACGAGGAAUUGUCGCGACAUAUUCAGCGUCUUCAAGAAGUCAGGGAAAUGGUUAAUCUCGAGACAGAAGGAGAUAGGGAAGUCUACGUUGGCGUUGUGGAUAACUUGGUUGAGUCCUUUGAGGAAACAUAUCGGCGACGGGGAAGGGCGUACCACCCAACGGAUCUGAUGCCGUACACUAUGGGGUGGACGUUCCGACUCCCUGAUACAAUGAUCACUAAGUUGGAGGAAAGGGAGCCAAUUGCACUUAUUAUUCUUGCGCAUUGGGCUAUCCUGCUGCGGUAUAUGAGAGACUCUUGGUUCAUGGAACGGUGGGACCAUCAUAUCGUCUUGGGGAUCAAGACGUGCCUCCCUGAGGUGUAUCAUGCGUGGAUUGAGUGGCCGGAGGAGGUUGUUGCCUAUGUGCCCUAG